UUCGAAAUCAACAAACAUGGUUCAGCAAGCACCUCCUCAAGGGGGGUCAAGGAAGAUCUCCUUCAACGUCUCCGAUCAGUAUGAGAUUCAAGAUGUGAUCGGUGAAGGUGCCUACGGUGUUGUCUGUUCCGCUAUCCACAAGCCGUCCGGCCAGAAAGUCGCCAUCAAGAAAAUCACCCCAUUUGACCAUUCGAUGUUUUGCCUGCGAACCUUGCGAGAAAUGAAGCUGCUGCGGUACUUUAACCAUGAAAACAUCAUCUCCAUCUUGGAUAUCCAAAGGCCCCGGAAUUACGAAAGCUUCAACGAGGUUUACCUUAUUCAGGAAUUGAUGGAAACAGAUAUGCAUCGUGUUAUCCGUACGCAGGAUCUGUCGGAUGACCACUGCCAAUAUUUCAUUUACCAGACCUUGCGUGCCUUGAAAGCCAUGCACUCCGCGAACGUCCUCCACCGUGAUUUAAAGCCUUCGAACCUCCUCCUCAAUGCUAACUGCGAUCUGAAAGUCUGUGACUUUGGUCUUGCUCGGUCAGCUGCUUCGACCGACGAUAACUCCGGCUUCAUGACGGAAUACGUGGCAACGCGCUGGUACCGUGCCCCAGAAAUCAUGCUGACGUUCAAGGAAUACACGAAAGCUAUUGAUGUGUGGAGUGUUGGUUGUAUUCUGGCAGAGAUGCUCAGUGGCAAACCUCUGUUCCCUGGAAAAGAUUACCACCAUCAGCUUACCCUUAUUUUGGAUGUUCUUGGAACACCUACGAUGGAAGAUUAUUAUGGCAUCAAGUCCCGACGGGCUCGGGAGUACAUCCGUUCCCUUCCUUUCAAAAAGAAGAUUCCCUUCAAGGCGCUAUUCCCCAAGAGCAAUGACUUGGCUUUGGACCUUCUAGAGAACCUGCUGGCAUUCAAUCCCACAAAGCGAAUUACCGUCGAAGAUGCGCUACGUCACCCAUAUCUGGAACCGUAUCACGACCCGGAGGAUGAGCCGACAGCACCUCCAAUUCCGGAGGGAUUCUUUGAUUUUGACAAGAACAAGGAUGCACUAAGCAAGGAGCAGUUGAAGACUCUAAUCUACGAAGAGAUCAUGCGGUAGAGGAUUCGCUCAGUUACAGAGGUAGGAAGUGAAAGGGCAGCCAGCACCUAUAAGGAAAUGAAGUCGAGUAACGUUGCACAUACCAUAGCUGCAUAGAAGAAACAUCUGGGAAUCUAUUACCUAUGCUCACGCAUUUGAUCUUAAUCUUGCUCCAUUUGGCCGUUUUCUCUCUCUCUUUUUUUUUUUUUUUUUUCUUU